GUUUCUUUUCGGUUCAGUUCAGUUGCGUUUUGUAUUUCGAAUGGUGAGGUCAUCUCGCUCCGGCAACCAAAUAAACAAGUAAAACCGCGUGUGAUAACUUGUGAGUAAAUUGUGUGACUCAGUGCAUUCACGAUGGGAUGUGGAACGAGUUUUGUGAAAUAUGUGCUGUUUUUCUUCAACCUGGUUGUCGCGUUGUUCGGCCUCGCCAUUGUUGGUAUUGGAGUGGCGUUCCUCCUCAAAUGGAACACGGUGACUGACCUACUCCAUGGCAUGAACGUCGGACCCUGGCUGUUCAUCAUCAUCGGAGCUAUUAUGUUCUUCAUCGCCUUCUUCGGAUGCUGCGGUGCUAUUAGGGAGAGCCACUGCAUGGUUGUCACUUACGCGAUCUUCUUGCUAGUGAUCAUCAUUCUGCAAGUGGUUCUGGCAGUACUUCUAUUCGUGUACGGAGGCUCAAUCAAGAAUGAAAUGGAACACACCAUAGACACCAUGUUUAAGAACCGCGGAGAGAAUGAGGCGUCCGUCAAAGUCUUCGAGAGCAUCGAGAAACAGUUCCAAUGCUGCGGUGCCCGAGGCAAAUCGGACUAUGGCGUGCUGUCGACGCCCAAGUCUUGUUGCAACGAAAACGAAUCCAUGCUCAACACUGACUACCUUUGCACGAGCUACAACCACGAGGGCUGCGCUAACAAACUGGGAGCUUUAUACGAGAAGUGGAACAAGCCGAUCGCCGCCAUUGCUAUUGGCGUGGCGUGUGUUGAGGUGAUCGGUGCUUUGUUCGCGCUGUGCCUCGCCAACUCCAUAAGAAACAUGGACAGAAGGUCUCGCUACUAAUAUUUUGUACAUUUAAACUGGUAUGCCUAAAGGAGCAGCUACCUACACAAAAAAGAAUCAACCACCAUUAAAAACUCGACUUGUACAAUUGUAAGGUUUUAGUUUUGGAUAGCACAACACCCCACCUUUUGAAGAUAAGUACCGACACGAAUAACGAUAUCGACAAUUUUUAAAGGCUAGUUGGAAACACAAUCGUUGUACAAAGAUUUAUUUUGCCUAUUCAGAGUUCAUUCGCAUAAAAAAUUAAUAAUUUAUUGUACCUGUCCUUCUUAACAUACGAUUUGAUUUAGGUACUGUUUUCUUUAGUUUUACCUAACUAAGCGUUGUAUGAAAAAUAAAUUACCUAAUAUAAUGUAAAAUACGCACAAGAAGCUCUGUGUAAACGGAAUCUCGACAGUUAACUUGUGAUUCUCUUAUCAAUAAAAAUAAUAGAUGUUUCAUCAUCAUUACAUAUUUAUUAUAAAGUGAAGUCCCCCUAUUUUCUCUGUUUGUAUAUUUAUAAAUGUUACCUGUCGAAGCAGGGGCGGGUCGCUAAUUAAUAAUAUUCCGAGAUUAAUUACGUGGCCAUCACAUUGUAAAAACGCGCUUUUUACAAUUACGCCGUCCAAAGUCAGAAUCCCAAUAAUUUACUUACAUGAAUGUGUAAUUACCACAGAACACAAGGUGAUUACAAUAGUAUAUUAGAUUAUGGUUUGUUAUUAUAAGCAUAUACAAAUCGUCUCUUUAAAUUUUUCUGAUAAGUUAUCUUAAUAUUGAACUCGUUAUUAAAUUUUAUAAGAGCUAUCUCUAAAUUGUAAUGAUAACAACAAGCAUUUUAAUUUAGAUUUCAUUCGAUUAAAAAACAAACGACGAGUAAUGUAAAACCAUCAGUUUAUUUUUGUACAUUGUUACAAGACUUUUUAGUUAUAUCGACUGAAGAUUUUCAAAAUGGCUGUUUAAUUUUUGUGUUUAAAAUGUGCCUUUUUAUACUAUUUGACCUCUUCAUACAUGCAUGCAACUUUGUUAUCUACGUAUCAAAACUCAAGUUGAUAUAAGCGUAGGUUUAUUAAGACUUGAUGUACCUACCUUUAUUUAGUUCUGCUUGGUUUUUUUGUUUGUGAAACAUUUAGUUAGUGUUUCAUUACAUUGAAAUUCCUUGAGUUAAUUAUAUAGAUAAGCUAGAUUUAAGAACUGUUUAUAAUGAAAAUGUUACAAGAACAGAAAUUACGAGUAUUUUCAUAAUUCAAAGUUGUAAUGGUUGUACGUCCAUUUUACAAAAAUAUUAUCUACUUAUAUAUAAUAUUACAUAGAUUUUAUAAGUGCAUUUCUAUUAAAUGUGAUUUAUUAAGUGUUUCUCAUACAUAAUGUAAAUAAUUUAAUGGAUAUUAUUGAAUUUCUUUGUAUUUGGCGGAGCAAAUGUUUCUGCAUUUUCCGACGAAUCAGCUUCUAUGUGAAUGAUUUACUAUGUAUGGUGAUUAAUAAAUUUUCUACUACACAUUC